GACCAACUACAGGAGUGUUUAUCCGGUGCAGAAGAAGCACCUACCAAACAGCUUACUUCCGAGCGGUGGACGAGUGUUUAGAAAGAAUGCCUUUCCGGUUCUGCCCCCAAUGUGGGUCAAAGUUGCAGCCUGAUUUUAGAUUUUGUCCAUCAUGUGGAGACAAGCUUCCCUGUCCUGUCAGUGAAUCUGGACCUGUGAGCACAACGCCAUCGUUAAGUCUCUUUCAAGUCAAAAGGGAUGAUGCACUAACAUCAGAAGUUAAAUCAAGUCUUGCUUCAAGAUCAAGUUGCGAGCUCAUGGGAAGUACGGCCCAUGCAUGUAACACCGCAACUCCAGUUACAUCUCGUCCUGCACUGCGAAAGACCCGUAACUCCCUUCGUCUAGACAGGGAAGUUGAAUUCAACAUUAAAGAUGCCACUACACCCAUGGUGCCCUCCACUAGUCCUUUUAGAGAUGACAGGAUCAAAGCAGAUAAUGGUGUUGGAUUUGUUGGAACUCCACCUAAACAGCACACGGCAGUGUCAGCUCUAGAGCCUUCUACUGUCCUAAAAUGCCCUCGAACUGUGAGGGGAAAGGAAAAACUCUCCAGCCCUGCUAAGCAAGUAGAAGAGGGAAAGACGCUGACUGAUAAAACAAGUUUUAAAGCCGAGAAAUCAACGAUAGACGGCUUUCCAGUGGGCAUCUGUUCCCCUGUUACCCCACCAAUCUCCAAGUCCCCUUUAAAAGUGACAGGAAAAGGAAAAGCCAAGAAGGCAAAGCAUGCGUCCACUGUGGAACCGCUACAGGAGAGUGAAGAGGUGACAGACACAACAGGCAAGAAGUGGAAGCUGGUGAAACUGCUCAGUCAGAGCACAACAGAGCUCAUCUACGAAGUUUUGCAGACAGUUUCAAGAUCCAAUUCUAAGGAGUCAAAUCACAUCCUCAAACUGGGAGCUAAAGAUGGAAGAAUCUUCAACGAGCAGAACUUUCUGCAGAGAGCUGCUAAACCUGCAUCUGUGGACAAGUGGAUCAAACAAAACAAGAUGGAUUUUCUGGGGAUUCCUUCCUGUGUUGGCUUUGGUCUUCAUGCAGAGUCCUACAGAUUUCUUAUUUUCCCCAACAUGGGCCAGUCUCUCCAGUCUGUCAUGGAGGAAGAAGAUGAGCUGCUUUCUGAGAAAGCUGUCCUUCAGCUCGCCUGCAGAAUAUUAGAUGUACUGCAGUAUAUCCAUUCAAACGAGUACGUUCAUGCUGAUAUUAAUGCAGAAAACAUUUACAUCAAACCAGGACAGAAGUCACAGGUAUACCUAGUAGGAUACUGCCAUGCCUUCAGGUACUGUCCAGGUGGACAACAUGUAGAGUACCGUGAAGCCAGCAGAACACCACAUGAGGGCACCAUGGAGUUCAUCAGCCUGGACGCACAUAAGGGAGCAGCUCCGUCUCGACGCAGUGACCUCCAGUCUCUGGGUUACUGCAUGCUGCGCUGGCAUGCUGGGACGCUGCCGUGGGCCCUCCUUGUUCAGCCGGACCAGGUAGCCACGCAGAAACAGAGGUACAUGGAGGAUGUUCCUGCCCUGUUAAGUGACUGCUUUGGGAAGAAGAGAGUUUCCAGUGCAUUUCAAACGUACCUGACUAAAGUGAUGACCCUGCAGUACUCUGAGCAGCCAGACUACUCAUUGCUGAAGGCCGCACUCAGCGCCGCUUUACUGCAGCUGGGGGGGUUACCGGAGCAGCCGCUCAGUUUUUAGAGAAAUGGAACAAAAGGAAGACAAUUUGGAAGAUUUUUAACUUUUUUUAUCAUGCCGUUUCAUCUGUGAUGUUUUUUUGCACUGAAAGCAGUGUUGUAUAGAGUUUAAAUUACACGCAUGUUAGGCUGAUGGGUUUUGAUUGGGAUCAUCAUUUUACGGAUUAGUUUUUUUCAUAUUGAUUGCACUGCUUUUACUGUUACAAGGGCAAUGUGACUCUCACAUCAAUGUGAGAGCAAUGCAAGUUCUCAAUAUUUGAUGUUCAGAUUUGGGUUUUUCUUGACACUUUGAUAGUUAAAUGAGUCAGUGUUACUUUUUAAACCGGGUGUGUGUUACAACUGUUUUUACUUCUUUGACAUGAAUUUAGCACUGCAGAAAUCUUCCUUAAUGCGAGCAAACACAGAUGUAGAUUAACAUAAUUUAACAUAUAGGUAAAGUAAAUUUUCUUGAAUAAAAAGCAAUAUUUCUUAUUUAAAACAAUCUUUCUUUCACCUUUAGUCUGAAAACACCGGAAACACUCAAAAGAAUACAAGACAAAAUUGUUAUUUUUUGCUCAUUGUGAUGUUUUCUGUACUUAACCGUAGUCUUGUCACGGUGCUAAUUACAGAUUACACAUGUUCAUUUUAAAGAAACCUUUAUAAAGUUUAAACAUUUCUGAACAUAAACAUUUUAACAUUUCAAGACAUGUACAAUUCUUUAUAUGAAACAGUAAAUAUCUCUUAUUGUGCACACUCUUAAGUAAUUCAGAAAAUAAACACUGUUAUCUUUUGCCUGAUCUCUCCUGUCUGUGGCAUUUACAACCUUACAUUUCUGUCACUUGAGGCACUUUCUGAAUGAGAGGCUUUUGUAGAACAAUGUAAAGCAUGAUGCUGAAAGACUAUAGCACCCCCACGAGGCGACUUUUGUACACAGCUACGGACCUGAUGGCUCCCUAGCUUACACACUUAAACUGAUCAGUUGAGCUUUUUAUACAGACAUGCUGGCAGUGUGAGGCAGCUUCACAUGCAGGUUUAAAUAUAGUUUACACUGCAGAUUGUUUUCAUGUUCAACCAAAAUUGGUUUUGAGGAUAAACU